AUGCAAUCGAUAUCCUCGACAGCGGCAAUAUACCGCCCCAAGAAGCCGAAGCUGAAUUUCCGUGCCUUCUACAUUACAAUUCUGUUCAUAUCUGUAUUUGCAGUCAUAAGCUUGGUAGCUGAUCAGAGCGCGAGAUAUAAACAAGGUUCUCACUAUGGAUUGGCACAAAGACGAGCUUUGGAGGCAUUGGACAGCAGGAGGUUGGUUAAAAGGGACGAAGAGUGCCGAUUAGUACAUCAUGCGAAAGACAAAUGCGCUUUCAUAAAAGCCAAUUGUCCCGAUGAAGAAGCUGGGCUUCUUUCUUACCUAUCUCUCUACUACUGUGAUUUGCAGUCGGCGCAACCUGUUGCAUUCGUCAUCCUCGCAUUAUGGCUCGCUCUUCUUUUCACGACCAUUGGAAUCGCGGCGUCUGAUUUCUUCUGUAUCAAUUUGUCGACGAUAGCGAGCAUAUUGGGGAUGAGCGAAAGCAUGGCGGGCGUUACCUUCCUUGCCUUUGGAAACGGAAGUCCAGACGUCUUUUCAACAUUUGCUGCCAUGAGCUCACAUAGCGGGAGUUUGGCAGUCGGGGAACUGAUCGGGGCGGCAGGUUUCAUAACAGCUGUUGUUGCUGGGUCUAUGGCAUUAGUUCGUGAAUUUAAAGUCGGCAAGAAGACCUUUGUUCGAGACGUUGGAUUCUUUAUCGUUGCUGCAAGCUUCAGCAUGAUAUUUCUGGCGGACGGACACCUCCACCUAUGGGAGUGUUGUGCUAUGAUUGGAUUUUAUGUUUUUUAUGUGGUUGUGGUUGUGGUUUGGCAUUGGUAUCUUGGACGACGACGCGUACGGCGAGAGAGAGAAGCAGCUGCUCGAGGACAUUACCUGGCGACAACAAAUGAAGAAAUCGAGGUUUCGGAAGAAGAUGACGAUGACGAAGACGCUCCCGCAGGACAGGGCCGUUAUCGAGAUGAGGAGGACUUCAACGCUUUGGAAAGUGGGAUGAGCCCAGGAUAUGGGGGAUCUCAAAUGUCAGAUAGCGAUGGCGAUGGGGACCAGGGAAUGCACCUUGCUGCAGAAAUGGCCAGCAGUAUGCGAGUCACGAGACCUAGAGGUCAUCGAAGUAACACUAUCACGCCAAUUCGACCAAGUUUAGUCGGUGCUUUGGAGUUUCGAUCGGUUCUUUCGUCUCUCCAAAAGUCUCGAGGAUCAUAUUCCAGACCAAUUCAUCUUCGCCGAUAUUCCGACGACCCUACUGGAGGCAAUACCAUAGACGAUUAUGUCCAUCAGAAUGGCCGUUUAGGCCCAUUCUCAGAUAUAGCAUCUAAUAUUAUCAUUGCUCCACCUGAAGAAUCGGAAGACAGUCAAGAAGGAACCAAUUCAAAACGAGUACGAGCGGUAUCGAUGAACGAUGCAGAGGGGGCGAGGGCUCCACAUCCGGCAGCUUUCAGUGUUGCUACAAUACCAAAUAUCGGAGUCGUUGCAGCGACCCCUACGCUUCCGAGAAACUUCAAUCUAGAACUGCAACCACCAACGGAGAACUUACCUGUACCCCCAUCACCCGCGAUUUCGCUUUCACCUCCUCCUUCGGUAGGAACUACUAGAGAGCCUAGUCCAAACCCGGCCAGGGAGCACCGAAAACGGGACAGUCUUGCGCCGCCUGAUGACUAUUUCCCUCGUCACCUACGGACUGAGCUGAGUAAAGCUGAAGCGGCGCAAAAUGAGAGAUCGAGGGCACCUCUGCGGCCGCGACUUGAAAUUCCAAACUCCACGUCAAGAGAUAGCUCACGCUCGCCAGUUUCUCCGGUGAUUCAGUUUCCUGCUUAUACCGAUUCGCCAAUGCCUAUGUCUGCUCAUAGUUCCAGGCCACCAAGCCUGUUACUCCCCGAGAAUGCUCUGACGCCUGAGUCUAGUUAUACUCAGCAGGGGCUAGAGUCUGAUUUCCAACAGAGGCCAAUUUCAUGGUGGCCUUACCGUUUCCUUCCAAGCCCUUAUGUUCUACUUUCGACGUUGUUCCCGACUUUGUGUAUCUGGAAGGACAAAUCGAUAUGGGACAAGUUCGUGAGUGUUGUUUCUGCUCCAAGCAUUUUUCUUCUAGCAAUUACACUUCCGGUUGUGGAAUCCGAUAACCAGGAGGACACCACCGACCCUUCGCCUUCAGCAAUCGACGAAAGGGCUCCACUCAUUCGACCAAGGGGAGAAUCUAUACCUCUUCUUGUUCCGGAUAGUCCGUCCUUAGAACCGGAAGCCGAAUGGACUCGAUAUCGUAGAGCUACAGGAAGUAUUCGCGGGCACCCUUCUCCCCACCUUAAUGGGCAGGCAAUCCACGACACGGCACACGUUGCAAUUUCUGCUGAGAAUCAUCAUCAGCACCAUCAGCACCCAAAGCCUGACACGUUAAAGCCCAGUACACCAAAGCGCAGUGAUGCUGGAGAACACCUACAGGCUACCAGUCCCACCAAUGGAAACCCGCCACCAGGGGAUUGGAAUCGCUGGCUUGUAUCCGUUCAAAUAUUCACAGCUCCCUUGUUCACCGUGUUCAUUGUGUGGGCAAAUACAACACCGACUUUGGGCUGGCUUGUUAAAUUAGUACUCUAUUCCUUGUUGGGAUCACUCGUAGCUUUCGCGCUUCUUGUCUUUACGACCACACCGACAAAACCACCAAAAUAUCGAUUCGUCCUUUGCUUCCUAGGCUUCGUUGUCUCCAUCUCAUGGAUUUCUACCAUUGCGAAUGAGGUUGUUGGUGUUCUGAAAGCUUUUGGAGUCAUUCUCGGUAUUUCCGAUGCCAUUCUUGGGCUUACAAUUUUCGCGGUUGGCAACUCGCUCGGUGAUCUUGUUGCUGAUAUCACUGUCGCUCGUCUUGGAUAUCCUGUCAUGGCCCUGUCAGCUUGUUUUGGGGGGCCUAUGCUCAAUAUCCUGCUUGGCAUCGGGAUCUCAGGAUUAUACAUGACAUUGAAGGAAGCCAACCAUAAACAUGCGAAGCAUCCGUCAGACGAAAUCAGAUACAAGCCGUACAAAAUCGAGGUCAGCCGGACUCUAAUGGUUUCGGCCGCUACGUUAAUCGUCACGCUUCUUGGAUUGCUGAUUGCUGUACCAAUGAACAAAUGGGUCAUGAGUAGACGGAUUGGAUGGGGUCUUAUAGGUCUAUGGACUGUAAGCACUAUUAUUAAUCUUGGUGUCGAGAUCAGUGGCUGGGGGACCAUCACCUCAUGA